GAGUAACUAUCGCGAUCCGAGAAUAUACGGAGGCUGGGUUGAUGACGACAGACCAAGUGCAUGUACAAACGUUUACACCGGCCUUCUGCCUCGAUUAGGAUGCUUGUCCGCAGGGAUGUUUUAUGGCAAUCCAGUACACCAUAAUCAACGGUGGAACUCCACUGCAAUCCUUGUCACGACCAGGUAGAUUUAGAGUCUCCCUCCGUUUCGCUCAUCUCCAGGUAGGCAGGUAAAUACACUUUGAUCCUUCUGCAAAGAGACCGCAUCAUCUUACUGAUAUAACUUUUCCCAAGCAUAUGAGUACGGUCAUGUAGGCUUAAAAAAUAUGCUUUGAAAACCGUCUGACUCUGCCAUUUAGUGAGAUAGCUGAAAACGCUGAAAGUCUUCUUGCUAGAAAACAGGGAUCGCUCAGCAACGCUAAAACAGCCACUCACUGAGUGCUAGCUAACGGAUACCAUGUAAUAUCCAGUUCGUCCCAUCGUAUGCGUCGUUUAUAACUUUUUCGCAAUUGCUCAGGGAGAUUUGAGUCAGACGACACUUAACAUGUAUAAUGUUUCUGGAUAAUGGUUCUAUUUUAGCUGACUCUUCCCAGAGGACCUGAGUAGUACAUAGUUGGCCAGGAAGCAAAAAUAGUUCUACUCUAAAAUCCUGCAAAAGCUGGCGUAGUAUUCCAUCCAUAGUGUCUUUUGAAGGCAUUGUUAUAUAUUUAUCCUCAGUUACAUUUGAAGCAGGAGGAAAGUGAAAUGCGCUAUUUGUUCGCGUCCGCUAGCACAAAGUGCCCCAAUUUACUCAGUUAAUUUAACUUCCGCAAACUUCCUUCAUGUUCACUUACUCACAAAGCGUGAUUUAACAUUUAUAAGUUGUGUUUGUAUCUUUAAACUGCAUCAAACCACUCCUCAUUCAAAUUCACGUGGAUUCAAAACGUUGCAUGUCAUUUCUGCAUUUAAUUUGUUAUUUCCUGGUGCGUUCUGAUAGUCAGAUUUAACAUGUCCUAUCCUCAUGUUUUUUUCAUACAAAAAGUACAGCACACUGUCGCGUCGUUUUUGCUGAAUUUGGCAAAUAAAGUGUCUAACCAAGACUUAUAAUUCAAUUCGAUCGAGGUCUAACAUGUCGACGAAACAGAAUUUUCCAAAAACUUAAAACCGAACAGUUUUUUGCACAAUGUAUGAAAUUCAAGGCAUUUUUACUGAUGGAAAACUUAAAACAUUCUGGUAUAUCGUGCCCUCCUUACAUAAGCAUUCUUUCCUGUGACCUGAAAUUCGGUCAAAAGUAAGCCGAAAGUUCCUUUAAUCACAUACUUCAGCGAACAAAGAUGAACUUUUACCGAGCUAAAAUCUGUGAGGGCAACUUUCUAAAGCAGUGUAAACAGGAGGUAUGCGAUCACCUGACGAAUAAUUGCUUUUUGUGCCCAAGAAGCUUUCCAGCUUUACGAGAGCAAGGAUGCAUCGCAUUCUUUUAUGAUCGCAUUCCAUCCAUUCACUAGAUCUUAUUGAACACUUUCCAACGGCGUCCUGGUGUCCAGCCCUCAGAAAUUCUAGGUGUCUUUACACAUUAAACUGUCCUAGUGGUGUUUGACGAGGCUCGAUACCCAGGUCUCACAGAACAGCGCCAUAUUAGGGGUUGGUUUCAAAUUUAACUGACAGGCAUAGUCUUUUACUCUGCGGCUUCUCCUUAAACAUCGCAAGCUCUGUUGCCGAUACAAGCGAAGAUGCGUGUUCCAGGAACCAGGGGACAAGAAGAAACGAUCGCCGACACGACGAGCUCUGUUGGUUAAACAGAAAUUGUGGCGCAUACUUUAUACAUGCAUAAUCUUCUGUGACCUCCUUGUCAACGCUGGCCUGCGUAACCAUUUUUUACUUUUUUUAACCUCUCGAACAGAUGCUCGGGAGUUCUACGAAACAACUCUCCUAUCAGAGGAUAUUUCCGCUGACGAGAAAACCAGCAUUGCCUUAGACAUUGCCAUGAGAUGGGAACAAAUCGACAGCUCCUCUACUGCACUGUCAGCAAACAGUUUGCUCGAGAGACUCAAGCCCGACGAAUUGGUUCCCAGCGCCAGAUCAGUGAGUUUGGUGGAUACUAUGCCGAUUAUCUACUAGUAUCACAUCUGAAAUGCAUGCAGCUAUUUCAAGAACCAUUUUUAUUGCUAGUGUAUUCUGACUUCUAUGUAGCUUCUUUCGGAUAAUGACAAAAUUUCUCCACUUCCGCAUGAUUUAUGUCAGUUAUAUGUGCCAAUGAGAAAUACAGGGACUGUCUUUUGCCGCUUUUGAUACUUAACAGACAGGAUAGUCACGUAUCGAAAAUUGUGUCGGGCAAAUAUGUUCAAUCUAGAGCUUUUUGCCUCUUUAGUGCUUGUUUGCUGAAGUUUCAGGCUCAAGCUCUUUCUUCUUUUCUCGUAAAAGAUUCAAGGGAAGAGCAUCGGCCUCAUUCCUAUAUCUGUUUUGCGAUGCUUUUAUCACAGAUUUUGACUAAAAGUCUGAAAGUGUGUUCUGCCGGUUGCAUGCCACUUACGAGAGGCCUUAGGCUUACCAACUCCCAUUCAGUGUUUUCCGGUGUGAACCCAAAUUUCCGGGGAAGUAUCGUGCCUCCACUGCAAACUAUUUGAGAAAAUAAAGUUAAGUUGUUAGAAGGUGGUAUGUCAGGUGCACUGCUGAUGCUGACCUUAAAAUACGGGUUGACUGGUAUAAAUUUCAGCGAAGUAGCUGCAUUUGUGAGCUGACCCAGCUCACAGUAGUUAAGGGUUCUGAGAAAAAAUAGGCCUUGUAAUACUCUCACUAGACUUCUAGACAGCAGAAAAGUUUCAUAAAAUAAGUGACACUUAAUUGCGAACUAUUUAAUGGUUUAUUCAUUUUACCUUCCAGGGUAUUUCACAAUCGCGAUAGCUGUUAUUAAGCCUUCCACAUCCGAAUCUUGGACACUAUGAAUCUGAUCAAACCGACUAAAUUGUGAAAUUCACAAAUAUUUUAAUUUGAUUUAAAAACCAGAAAUCCAAAAACGUGCUGGCAUACUCAUGCCGAUUCGGUUCACUCAUCAAUGGAAAUAUGGUUCGCGGUAUCUGUGUGCAAUUUGUCUAGUGGGUGUACAUCGACAAUUGCUACUUCCAAAUGCAGAAAGAGGGCUUUAUCAUGCGUAUAAAGCGACAAUAGUAUUAAACAAUCCCAAAGGAAAUAGCAUGACGAGGUCAGGAACGCGGGCUUCGUACAAACUUAUAUUAAAGUUGCACUGAGACGUAGGGUUUCGCACCCAAAUCCCUUGACCUGCAAACUGGAAAGCAAAAUAUAUCACUUGGGAUAGAUUAUGCAUGAGUAAACUUUCUGGCGCAUUAAUGUCAUAAGAAACGAGGCAUCGAACGAUUGUUAUAAUCCGCAAACUAUCGCGGUGAUACAGCAUAAAUUAACACGGAAAUUAGAAUACCGCCUUCUCAAUAGACAUCCACCUGCAGACUACCCAGUAAUUGACUUUUAUUGAACAAUUAUCUAGAUAAUGUAAAAGUUGCCUCUGUGUGGCGGCAUUUGCAUCUGACUGCUAGACAAUUUUUUGAUUAUCGUCUCUUUAAUGGAAAUCGAAGUCCCCUUAAUUUUCUUGUCAGGAGUUUUAGCAUAUUUCUUUGCGUGACCCUGUUUAUUUGGACUGCAGACAACUACUGAAGCCUCAGGGAUCCAGGUUCUUCAUGCCUUUGUGUAGACAGCGGAUUAGAACAUAUCCCCCUGAUGAGUACUCUUGAUUUUUACUCAAACAUAUUGGCUCAGAGAAAGAGACUAACGUUUUGAAACUCGGCUUUACAGUAAGUCCAAAAAUGUAAAUCCUUAGGCCAUCGUUUUGGAUAUCCGUCCAAAUGCAAGCGUUUUAUUGAAUUAAACUACUAAACAAAUUGGAAUACUCAGAAAGAAUAAUAACCAAAAUGGUGCUUAUGCUUUUUUAUUGAUUUUCGAUACUUAUGUCAAGAGAAUCUUGCUUCAGACGACGAAAUAUGCCAAAUUCAUUUCUUUUGCGUCUUUUGUAGGAAACAACUCCUUUACACUUUGCCUCAAAAGGGCUUUAACCAAUUUAAAUAAAACCUUGUACUCAUGAGGUUUUUAUAUAUUCGGAUAAUAAUUUACGUAGUGUGCUUCAUACAUAUCUGCUACCGAUUUCUUCAAGGCAUUCCGAUGCAUUUAUAUCUACCAUAGCACUUUGAGCGUACAACGAGUGCUUCAGAUCACCUCUUGAGUAUAUGCAUUUCACCUGAUAAUCCAAUUUCCAACAGUGGAGUUUUGUCUGAGAAUUUGGCAAGCACUCAAGAAAAAAGUUAAAGCUGCUAUAAGCCAGCGCAAGAGGUGUAACUACCAAACGGAAAAUUGGUUAUCCCAAGUUUGUUUGUAGGCAGCUUAUCCACGAUCCGCUAGCGGGCUCUCAUUUAGUUUAAUGUUUUACCGGAUUCCCAUUGACUGGACGCCCUAUGCAUACGCAUUCCCUCAGCGUCAUUUGGAUCCUCACGUACCUAUCCAGCGUAAUGCUGUUUAGUAGAAAGCCCAGAAACGGUUGGGUGAAGGACCCUACUUAAGCGUCGGUAGACUGUGGAUCACGUCAUAAAGGAAUGGUGAUAAUGGAGGGGAUUUAUGGGUGGGGCGGCACACCAGACGGCAAGCUGACGAAGUGCAAGAAAACAGAGAAAUUGACUGGAUUUCUGUCGAUAUUCUUAUCAACCGCUUUCGUAUGGCAACGGAAAUGAGUGUCUUAAUUUAAAAAAGGAACAAAAAAGCAAGUUUUCAAAAAACGACGGAGUUUGAGUGAUGGUUCAAGGUCAUGGGAACUAACUGAUAUUGGCAAUGUAACAUCCGCAACGGCCUGCAAAAGCAUGCCAAGACAAAACCCCAUCUGACAUGAUCCCCAGUCCAACAACAGUUGAAUGGGGGCUUUCGUUCUGCCGUUGCCGAAAGGCCGUCCAGGCUUAAGUUAAGCAUUUAAAAGAUGAUAGUGCAUCAUUCUGAACAAUGGCAAAAGGCAAUCGCUUUUGAGGCAAACCCUCAAUCCCCUCUCGAUAACAAGUCUCGAGCAUCCGUAGUGAUCACAGCAUAUAACUCAUAGAGCUCCAUCCUCGGUCUGGAAUGAAGCCUGAAUAUAUCCGAUUUGUACCUAGUACUGACCGAUUUAUGAAAAUUCGAGAAUUACUUGAAGCCUGAAAGUGAGUUGUUUUCAGAUCCACUUUCGGAAUGAGCCUCAAGAUGUUUACCCCGGAGGAUUUCCUACAAAUUUGCGCAGCACUGUUGAUGGAGACGAAAGGGAAACGCUGAGUGGGAGACAAGUAUGAAUCAGCCCCCUUUCAGCGGCACAAAACAACCGUAGCAUGAGUCUGGACUUUUAGCCAAUACUUCUGUUGUCAGUAUGUGUAUGCUACUGGCAAUUGUUGGCAUCUCGUGACUAUUGCGUGCUUAUUCCGUAGAUGCUGAUGGAUUUCGGCUUAUAUGUUUAUAUCACUUCUGGACCGAACAUGCAAAUGACCGUUCCAAGAGAUUAAUUUCUAUUUCAUGUGUUAUUUUUUACGGAGGGGGAAAACCCUCAUUAGGAACAAUUUAUGGUGUAUUUUGGUCGGCAAUUUAAACUGUAAGGCCAAGAUAAUAAACACUAUCUGCUUUUAUGCCUCGUGAUUCCAUCCUACCGACUACCAGAAAAUGCAAGAAGAGAAAACGAAAUUUUAAUUGAGCACCAGAUCUUUGCUAAGAAGAUGCACAUUCGUUUUUCCAUGCUUAAAGCCUAUGUUGUCCCCCUUACCUGACUUUCGACAGCGAGUACGUAUUCCUAUCUUACACAUUUCUAAAUUUCUGAUAUUUGCCCGCCCACAGCACUCUUUGCACCACAUCGAGGACCCCACAAGGGACAAACCUUUCUGCCAAAAUCUGCCUCUGGCUCUACGGCGCAUUCAUCUAACAGGUCCCGGCGGUACUCGCAAUACAUCACCCGUCCAUGGCAACAACCAGGUCAAUUCGCAUUAUGCUUCCAAAGCUGAAAAAGCAUGCUCAUCAACAGAUUCCGGCCGUCACAGAUUGGAGGCUCAGUCUAAUGAGCGGACGCCGCACCAACAGAGGAGGUCAGACCCUCCUCGUCGGCCCAGACGUCACCGACACCUGCUGCUGCCGCCUCCGCACGACGAACCAGACCCGCAGAAGGCAGUCGGCCGGGUUCCAUCGCCCAGCACGUCCUCCUCGUUGGAGUCUUUCAGUCGUCUUGCUGGUAGUGGUCCAGGGGGGCAGACUUUUCACCUCCAACUGGAGCGCAAUCCGGCGGACGGAUUUGGUUUCAGCAUUGCAGGCGGCAGUGAUCAGGAGCCGCUCUCUGAGG